AUGGAAGGGGGCUUCAGCAAGGCUCUUCUGAUGAAGAAAGAAAAUGGAAAAGAGGUUGUUGCCAAGAUUCCCUGCCGCAUUGCCGGUCCAGCGUGCUUAACAACAGCGUCUGAAGUCGGCGCUUUAGAAUACAUUCGGAAACAUACAAGCAUCCCUGUUCCACGCGUUCUUUCAUGGUCCUCAGACAGCUGGAAUCCUGUAGGUGCCGAAUACAUAGUCUUGGAGAAGGCCGCCGGCGUUCCACUAUUUCAGCGAUGGGCCGACAUGGCGGAAAUUGACAAGUUGGACCUCAUAAAGAACUUGACGAAGCUUGAGGCCCAAUUAUCAUCUAUUCAAUUUCCCGCGUAUGGUGGUCUAUACCUUCGAGCAGAUGCAGGGGCCCAGCUCCCCACUUAUCAAAGGCUCAACGAGAGUAUUGAUCCGUCACACACGUUUUGUAUUGGCCCUUCAGGUGAUCUCAAAAUGGGAUUGCAACCAAGGACCAUGGAACACGAUGUCGAUGUCAAAUCUGGGGAUAUCUAUCGCAAAACGGGAGCUAGCUCGGAUAUCGAGCAAGCGCUUGGAUAG